UAGACUGGAUUAAGGAUUAUGGUGAAGCCUACCUGGCUACUCAUCAACAUGUGGGUAACAGUCAGCAGGAGACUGAAGCUUUACGGAAAGAGUAUUAUGACUUCCGCAGUCGUGCCAAGGAAACAAGAGAGAGUGUUCGCCUGCUGCUAUCAUUGGCUGACAGUUUUAUGGCUAAAGGUAACAUCCAUGCCAAUAGUAUACGACAGUGGUGUGAUGCUGUGGACAAGAGGUACAAAGAUUUCUCUGUACGACUGGACAAAUACAGACAUAAACUAGAGGCUAAACUUGGUGUUAAGGAAGAGGUUCAAAAAGAAGAAAAGAAAGAUGAUCAAAGACAUAGUGAUUCAUCUAUUGAAGAUAAAGUAUUACAUCAUACACCUAAAGAAUUGACAGAAGAAAAAAGAAAAUCUGCCAGACGAAGAGAAUUUAUAAUGGCCGAGUUACUACAGACAGAGAGAACCUAUGUAAAAGAUUUAGAAACUUGUGUAAAAUGUUAUAUAAAUGCCAUGUCAGAACAGAGCUGUCCACCAGGUAUAUGGAGUAGACAGAAGGUGGUCUUUGGUAAUAUUGAAGAGAUAUAUGAAUUCCAUAACAAAAUAUUUUUGAAAGAGUUAGAGAAAUAUGAAACUAUACCAGAAGAUGUUGGCCAUUGUUUUGUCACAUGGGCCAGCAAAUUUUCCAUAUAUGUAACGUACUGUAGAAACAAACCAGAUUCAAACCAGACCUUAGUGGAGUAUGCAGGGGGAUACUUUGAGGAGUUACAACAGAAAGCUAGUCUUGCUGAACCCCUGGCUUCAUAUCUUAUAAAACCAGUCCAACGUAUAACCAAGUACCAAUUACUGCUGAAAGAUUUAUUGGCAUGUUGUGAGGGACAUAUGGGGGAAAUUAAGGAUGGGUUAGAAGUGAUGAUGUGUGUGCCAAAGAAAGCCAAUGAUGCCAUGCACCUUAGUAUGUUAGAGGGGCUAGAGGAUAACCUUGAGGCCCUAGGCGAGGUGUUCCUACAAGAUCAGUUUCUUGUCUGGGAUCCUAAACAGCUGAUCAGGAAAGGAAGAGAGCGCCAUCUAUUCUUGUUUGACAUGUGUCUCAUAUUUGCAAAAGAAGUGAAAGACAGUAAUGGCAAAGCUAAAUAUAUGUUUAAAUUUAAGUUAAUGAUUCCAGAUUUGAACAUCACUGAACAUAUUGAAGGAGAUGAGACAAAGUUUGCCUUGUGGACGGGCAGAGCCCCGAUCUCAGAUUAUCGUAUUAUAUUGAAGUCUAACAAUUUAGACACCAAGCAAAACUGGGUUAAGAAGCUGCGAGAGUUGAUGCAGGAACGUAUGACAUACAUGCACGAGGCGUUACGAGACAAACCACCAACAUUGUUCAAACCUACACAAGCAUCAAAGGCUUUCCAUACUUCAACCAAAAUGUCAUUACUUGGAGAUGUUAGAAGGGACCUGGAUGGUGAUACAUCACUGGAUGACCUACCAAUAGAAAGAAGGGGUUCUCUGACGUCCCUUAUAUCCAUUACAACCACAGGAACCUCAGCCUCAGACAGCAGUAGUAGUGGUGGUCCUAAGCCUGAUGUUACAGUUGUGAUUGAGAAUUAUUCUGCUGCCAACAACUCAGAAAUCACAGUGCUCAAAGGUCAACAGGUUGAGGUUAUUGACCCUACACCAGGUGAACCCAACUGGUGCAUGGUGCGUGCAAUCAACUGUGAAGAUGGUGAACCCUGUCAGGGGCUGGUACCCAUAGCAUCAUUAAAACCCAUACCAAUGCUACGUGGACCAGGAAACAGAAACAGUAUGGACAUUGAGGAAGCCUAUGGAGAUGAUCAAGCCGGUAGAGAAGAAUCACCAGCCAAUAAAAGGAAGAGUAGUUUUAGGAAAUGGUUAGCUCCUGGAAGGAAGAAAAGUCAGACGAAGUUUGAAAAACCUGCCAUGUUUGAGGAGAUAGAGAAAAGAGUGAUCAUGGGAACAUUGGGGACCAGACCAGAUCAACAGGAAGCUCAUGCACAGCCCCAACACAAUCAAGUUACCGUGGUAGCACAAAAGAAGCCAUUAGAAGUGGCAGAGGAUGAUGCAGAUGACAUAGACUUGCCAACAGUCCCCCCACCAAUGAAAAUCCAGGACCACAUAUUCAAAGCUGCUUCCAAAGAAGACUCCUCUGAAGAUUUAUCUAAAAAAGUGGCAUCAACAUUGACAAUACAACCAGAUACAGAGAAUGCUGUGAAAGAUCUUGAAGAUAUGGUCAACCAAAGAGUUGGGGACCCUAACCAUGACAAUCCAUUUGACCAUCAACUAUCCUCAGAAUCAGGAGGUGAAACUGCUGAUGAUCCGGUAUCCGAGCUGACAGAAGAGAAAAAGGAAAUGUAUAGAGAGAAAAGAAGUUAUGUGAUGCAAGAAUUACUAGAUACAGAAAAAGACUAUGUCAAAGAUUUAGGACUGAUAGUAGAGGGUUAUAUGGAAUAUCUGAAGGAGCAUGGGAUGCCGGAAGAUUUACAAGGAAAAGAUAAAAUAGUAUUUGGAAAUAUACAUCAGAUAUAUGACUGGCAUCGAGAGAACUUUUCACCUGAGAUAGAAAAGGCAGUAUGGGAUGUUGAUCAGCUUGGCAGUUUAUUCACACGAUAUGAACGUCGUUUACACAUGUAUGUUAAAUAUUGUGAAAAUAAACCAAAAUCUGAGUACAUUGUCGCUGAAUAUAUAGAAGUGUUUGAAGACAUUCGACAGAAAUUAGGUCAUAGGUUAAUGUUACCUGACCUUCUGAUUAAGCCAGUGCAGAGGAUUAUGAAGUAUCAACUUCUACUCAGGGAUAUACAGAAAUAUACUGAUCGUGCAGGAGAGGACACAAAGAGCUUGAAGAAGGCAUUAGCUGUCAUGUGUGUUGUUCCUAAGGCGGCCAAUGACAUGAUGCAAGUUGGACGACUGCAAGGAUUUGAUGGAAAGAUAACUGCUCAAGGAAAACUGUUACUUCAGGAUACGUUAUUAGUAUCGGAAAUAUCACAGGGACAGUCACAACCAAAAUUUAAAGAAAGACGUGUUUUUUUGUUUGAACAAAUUAUAUUAUUCAGUGAAAUGUCAGAGAAAAAACGAGGAGAUCUUUCAAAUGCAAAUUAUGUGUAUAAAAAUAGUAUUAAGGUAAACAAUAUGGCGUUAACCAAACAAGUGGAAGGUGAACCGUUACGGUUUAUGUUGAUAAACAAAACUCCGGGUUCAGACUGUAAAUUUGUGAUACAGGCACCAAGUGAUGCCAUCAAACACACAUGGACAGAACAGAUUACGUCAUUACUAGAUAUGCAAGGGGAUUUUCUCAGAGCACUUCAAUCACCUAUAGAAUACCAAAAUAAAGUCAGGAAAGAAACGUCAACACCAGAAUUAAGUCAUACACCAAGAGAAGGUUUACUCAGGAAAACUCAGUCACAAUCACAUCCUAAAAAAGAUCGUUCUCAGACUCCACCUGGUUCACUACAGGACUCAAAAUAUACUCGAUGUAGAUCUGUGCCCUAUCCAGGCAAAGCCAAUGUUGAGCAUGAUGAUAGUUCAAAAUUGUCAUGUCCAAAUUCUCCUACGGAAACAGACAAAGAAUUUGACCAGGAAAAAUUAACCAAAUUGACUAUGACGUCGUCUUGUAACAGUCCCUCUUUUAUGGGUGAAGUGUCCCCAAAACCAAAGAAAAACAUUUUUGAAGGAUUUAAAACUUCGCUGAAGAAAUCAAAAAGUGAUGCGCCAUCUACAUCAAAGUCAGAGACAAAUAAAGUUCCCGAUUUAUUACAUGAUGAUGAGAUUCAGAUUUCUAUAAAUAAUGGUGGCCCAGCAGAUGGCGCCACGAAUCAUAACACAUCGUCGGACAAUAACGAAGAUGAAUCGCUUGCUGACGGUACAAUUCAUGUAGGAACUGUAGUGUGUGAUUACAUGGCUUUCAAGGAAGACGAGAUAUCCGUAUCCAAAGGUGAAAUUAUACAAAUCAUCUAUUCCAACCAGUACAACAUGUUUUUGGUUCAUCGUCCCGCUAAUGCUACGUCACCAGCAGCAGAAGGUUGGGUGCCCGGAUAUGUUAUUGGACCACGUGACGGUGAGGGUAGUUUAAGGAAAAGUUCAUGGCAGUUAUUCAAGCUCCGAAUGCAAGGUUUGAGACCAGAAAGGAAAAAUUCUGAGGUUCAGUUCUAUAGUCUAGACAGGAGGAGUAGAACACUUCCGUUACCAUGGAAAGAAGCACACGAUGAAUAUCGAAGAAAAAUUUCACACCAUGACCUUCAAUAUGAAAUGACACCUUCUGUUCAUCAACCAUUGGCCAGUGCCGUUGUCAAAGCAACGGACACAGCUGUCCUCACCUGUAGAAUAUGUGGAAGACCACGACCAAAUAUAUCAUGGAGACUGAAUGAUAGUCUCAAUCUCACCAAUAAUAAUCGCAUCAACUUAUUUUUUGGUGAAGAUGGAUUUGCGACAUUAAAGAUACACAAUGCUACUCCUGCAGACAGUGGAGAAUAUGCUUGUAUAGCGACAAGUGAACUAGGUUCUGUGAUAACUAAAGCAACGUUAACGGUCUUAGACCGUCCAUUUCCUCCAUCAAGACCUGUGAUACGUAGUCAAGUGGGAACGUCUGUACAUUUAGAAUGGGUAGGCCAUAGCAGCAAUUCUCAAAUACAUGGAUACACUAUCGAACUGAAAGAAAAUGGAACUGACGUGUGGCAGGCUGCAAUUCCUUAUGUUCCUAACACAUCUCAGUUUAUAAGUGAUUUGAGUCCUGGGUUGACAUACCAGUUCCGGGUCAGCUCAAAUAAUAAUAUCAGUAUGAGUGAGCCUAGUCCGCCAUCUCAAUUUAUUACCAUUCCGUCAGAAGGGGAACUAAAUGAAAGAGCAAGUGAAACAAAUACACCAUGGAAAUCAACAUACAACAAAGAUUUUACAGAAAUAGAAGAAAUUGCUAGGGGAAGAUUUUCAACUGUAAAAAAGGUCUCACAAAAUUGCACGAAUAGGGAAAUGGCUGCCAAAUGUAUACACAAACGCAUUACAGACAUUGAUCAUGUAGAAACAGAGUACAACACUCUGCAGGCAUUACAACAUGAUAACCUGAUUUCGGUUUUUGAUGUCUAUACAACACCAACUUCAUAUAUCAUCAUUAUGCCUUUGUUACCAUUAGGUCGUUUGUUUGAUUUUAUAUGUAGAAGACCUUGUUUUGAUGAACAUGAAGCAGCAGGAUUUAUAUUACAGUUGUUAACAGUAACCCAGUACUUACACAAUUGUAGGAUUGCUCACCUGGACAUCAAGCCUGAAAACCUCUUGGUUGAAAUGGUAAUGGGAGAAACUCGUUUAAAACUCUGUGAUUUUACUGAUGCUAGACACAUAUACAAUAAUUUUUAUGUGCAUCCGUUUCGAGAAUGUCCGGAAUUUCUAGCCCCAGAAGUAAUUAAAGGAACUCCAGUUGGUUUGCUGACGGAUAUAUGGAGUAUAGGUGUUGUGACUUAUGCUCUCCUGAGUGGAUUAUCCCCCUUUCUUGACGAUAGCCAAGAGGAAACAUGUUCUAACAUCAUCAGAGUAGAUUAUAGCUUUCCAGACGAAUUUUUUGAAAUUAUUUCUAAGGAGGCACAAACUUUUAUAUUGGACAUUUUGGUUGAAGAUGUUGAUAAUCGUCCUACGGCACACAAAUGCCUCGAAUCCUCAUGGAUACAGAAGUACUGCAGCAAUGCCUCAUCUCAGCCUAGACAUAAAUCCAUUCCAACAGACAGAUUGAAAGAUUUUAUAGAAAGGAAAAAACUGCAGAGCACCGAACUAUAUUCAUGACAGCAAUGACUUGCUUUUACCUCCUUACAGAAGAAACUUAUAUAUACCUCGUAGAUGAACAAGUGGAACUGUGUUUGAUUAUACUUCAUAUUGCUCUAGUGAUAGAUUGAGUAAACAGUUCAUAGCAGAUGUUGGUAUACCAAUAGACCACUCUUCACAUUACGUAUAUCGCCUGUAUAUUAUAACAUGAAUUGGGACACA